UGAUCAUUCAGAUUGAAAUACCUCUUGACAAAGAGGCUCACUCGAGUCAAGCUCACGCGUCUAAUUAUUCAAGAUUUACUAAAGCUUAUCAUCCUCCUUGAGCAUCAAGUGUUCAUCUUAUUUAAAACUUUGAGAGAAUUAUUUCGAUCCAGAAGCAAUCAACCAAUUUACCAUUCAACAAACUUCGAUACCGUGAUUGCUAUCGAUUUUCGUGAUCACAGCGCACUUUACAAUCUGUCAACUGAUCAGGCAAGCUCCAAUCAGCAUCAUCAUUCUUCUCGCUCAACUGGUUUAGUGGAAAUUUGCUACCCUCAUCUCUCGUCCAUUUCACGGACUCUCCAAAAGAUUCAAUUACACUAUUGGCUUUCAAUCAUUUUUCGUGCAUCACCCUCUACCUCCUGUUUAUCUCUUAGAUAAUUCCAGAAGGCAAUCUCUUCUUCUUCCUUUCAAGGCUCUCCUUGGCUUCAUCUUUUUAAUUUCAGACAGUGUCCAAAGGUGACAUCAUAUUUCAGUGCUACUGCUUCAAUCUUUCCAUUGGACAAUUUCUAUCUAUUGUCGACGCGCUCUACUGGGACUCCAACCAAUAUGUUGAAUACCUCGGGUCAACCACAUUGCGGAAUAUAUGCGACAGGUGAAAUGCCACACGCCGAGCAAGGCGAUUACCAGCACGUAUCUCGGCCUCGUAUCCCCAGCACCGAUGCUCUGUGGGCAUGCAUGCAAGGAGAAAUGAUCGAUAAUAAACCUGCCACAAGCCUCCCGCGCCUUGGGUUCACUAGGACGUACCAGCAUGGUGAUCGAAUUGAUCAAGGCGAGACUGAGCCCAGCAGUGGUCUUGUUUUUCCCCUUGACUCAGGUGAUCAAACAGGAGAUGCCUUUGCGCUUAAUUUGAAAACUUCUUCCGGGCGUGCCCUGUUUAAACCACCAUUGGCUCGUGAGCAAAGUCCGGCAACUGAUUACAAUGGUACCAACGAUCCGAUGUCCUAUAUCCUGGGCCUCACCAAUCACGUUGAAAUGCUCAUGAACUCUGAUGCCAACCGCAAUCUCGGAAGCCGUCAUGAUCAGAGUGAUCUGUUUUCAACGCCCGCAAGACACGAGGAGUCCCGACCAGCACUAUACGCACCCGUUUGCCUUUCCAAUACACGUCCCUCCGUGUUGGAAUGGACAGAUACUUUAUCAUAUUGCGACCCUUCUCAAAAUGAGGUAUCGAAACCAAUUGCAGGGAAAUGGCCAGGCCAGCAAGAACCACAUUACAUCAAUCAACACACUUCAUUCAAAAACUACGGCUCCAAUUCUAUGCCUUUGACUUGUGCACCUCAUGAAGAAUUUCGUCUCGAGACCGGAUCACUUCCGGAUCUAAGCUCUUCCCGUCGACCGACGCCAUCUAGUCGCGGCGCGUUUGAUGGCAUUACGCUCAAUCAACCUUGGAGUCCUCAGAAACCUUAUUCCAAGGUACACUCGGACGUUCAUGGUAUGUCUGCAGAGUCGUUUUCGCCGAGGUCUUUUAACCAGGCUGCUCCACUCCCAACGUUUGAAAAAUCACACCCGGAAAUACACCUACAUGAUAGGCCUGUGUUUGCCUCCAGCCACGGAGCCAUUUCUGACACCACACCUGAGCUAUUGGACAGCUCUGUUCCAACGCCUCUUAAGAACACGGCUACACCUAUGUCUGGUAUAAUCUCUUGCAUUUCGAUUCCUAGCGCUCCACAUCUUUUUUCAAACAUCCCUAUCCAGAAACGUCACACUGUUGACCAAUCAGCGUAUUCCGUCUCGAGAGCCCACGGGUUUGUUUCAUCUGCACCAUAUCCUGAUCCAAGAUUGAGCAAGUCCGAGGGUGGUAGAAUACAAAGCCUCAAAAAUUCACUGUCUUCCGCAUCGUCGAUCUCGGACCUGUCGAAGAGUAAGACAGAUAAGCCCAAGAGGAAACGGACGCAUAUAUGUCAUAUCUGCGGCAAAGAUUUCAAUCGGCCGAGUGCAUUGCUAUUGCACAGUAGCGUUCAUACUGGUGAACGAUCCAACUUUUGCAACGUAUGUGGACGGUCGUUUUCGAAUUUAUCAAACUUGAGAAGACAUCAAAGGCAGCUCCAUGUGUUAGAAUCUGAGAUUCCCUUACCGGAAAUCCCGGGCCCACAAGCUACUUUUAGUCCAUAUACGCUUGCAGAUCAAGAACUGUUUGGAUUCUGAAUCAAUCAAGACAAAUUAUUCAAAAAUGGAGCUGUAUAUGUUGGUCUAUAUAUUCACAUUGUGAUACGGCAUUCGCGGAGCACGCAUCUUUCUAAUUUUCAGCUAUCAUAUCUUCCAUCGUCCCUCUCACUCAACAAAGAAGUCUUAACACAUGGUGAAAGACUAUUCAGGGAUCGCAUAGUGUCUCAUAUACCUAGUUCAAUAUAUAAGCUCAACCUAGUAGUGUGCUAAUUAGUAAUUCCUUUUGAUUUCAAUUUCCAUUGCCUCAUCUCGAUGUUUUUUAUUUAUUUAUUUAAAGUCUUGUAACAUAUCUGGAACGUACUAUCUUCUAACAAUGAAUGACUGUAACCCUAGUUUUUGAGACUGACACGGUCUUUUUGGCAUGUUUUAAAUAUGAGUAUAAUCUAAUGAUACACUUGAUAUGGAUACAAUGUUGACUCAAUC